AUGCGGAUACGUCUUUCUUCGGGGUGUACCACGACCCAAAUGGAUGAGAUGGCGCAACCGGGCAUUUUGGAUAAAAACCUACCACAAACAAUAGAGGACUCGGUAUCGGUAACAGAGUCUCUGGGAAUAAAGUAUAUCUGGGUAGAUUCUUUAUGCAUCGUUCAAGACGACGAUGAGGACAAGGCAAUACAGAUAGGCGCCAUGGGCCAGAUAUAUGGUUUCGCCUAUUUCAUAAUCUUAGCUGCAUCGUCAUCAAGUGUCCAUGGAGGUCUACCUGGUCUUCGCCCUGGAAGCCGUUCUCUAGAACAGGUGGAGUUAAUGGUUCUGCUUGAGAGCACAGAUAGAACCACCGGGCAUGUGUUACCAGAUCUAUCCCUUAUGACAAUACUAGACCCUCUCGUCAAUUCCAAUGAGCACUUCUAA